CGUUUCUCAUUUGGAAGCCAGCAGCAGAGAACAGUCCGUUUCCAGCGAAGGUUUUAAUAGUGUGCAUGGGUGCGGUGCGAAUCACGAAUAUAUCUAUAUACGUCCGUGGUGCGAGUGGCAUAUAUGUUCUCGUUCUUAACGCGACAUUCAGUGAGAGUUUGUUCACAAGAUGGUGGCGUUGUGCCACCUGUCCAAAACAACUUUCAUACGAGGGGCGUAAUCUUAAAUAUAAUUUACAAACAUUUCAGAUAGGGUUGACGCUUGUUUUCUAGAAGGAAAGGGUUAUGUUUACAUCAAGAAAUGGGUUUGGAUGCGUUAGGACGGUUCUACUUUCAAAUGGACCAGAAAUGUCUGAGGCCACUCCUUCCUGCGUUUAUUGGUCUUUGCUUGGGUGUGACAAUGAGCAUGAUGUAUGCCCCAUACAGCGAAGAUAGCUGUGAAACAUUUGUUGCUCGUCAGGACCCACAAACAUUGAUCCACAUGAGAGGCACUAAGUCAUUAGAAUCUCGAGAAGAUGGAAAUUUUGAACCUCAUAUUAGGGAACCACAGGUUAGAGUUCCUGACGAAGGAGAGCAAGCAGAAGCACCAGGAAACUCAAAAGCAAAACCUUUUCGACCAAGAUAUGCCUCCACAGAAUUAGGCAUCCGAGAAAAAUUGUUUGUUGGUGUCGUGACCUCUAAAGAUACAGUUAAUACUCUGGGAGUUGCAUUUAACAAAACUGUCAGUAAUUAUGUAACUAAGUUGGUUUUUUUCUUAGAUGACAAAGGUUCUGCUGUUCCAACAGGUAUGACAAUAGUAAAUUUUGCUGAUAACCAUCCCCAUUUGAGCCCUGUUCACAUGCUGAAAUAUGUCACCGAGAAUUUUCCUGAUACAUAUGAUUACUAUUUAUUUGUUUCGGACCGCACAUACCUGCGAGCCGAAAAGGUUUAUGACCUUGUCAGUCACAUCAGUGUUAGUAAGCAUGUUCAUGUGGGGACAGCUAAAUCAACUGAAUCAGGAAAAACCUACUGUUAUCUAGAAGGAGGUGUCAUUAUAUCACAGUCACUGCUGGCAUUAGUGAAGGAUCACAUGGAAUGGUGUCUUGCUAAAUGCCAUCACAAUGACCAGAGCCUCAACCUUGGCAAAUGCCUUAUCUAUGCAACAGAGAUGGGUUGUCAGGAGCAGGGAGGGGGUAAGAGGUAUCGAUCAUACAUGGCAAACAACUUCAAUUUUGAUGCCAUUGCCAAACUAAGGGAGACACCAGACUUUAACAUAUCGCAUGCAGUUUUUCCUAUACCAGAUGACACCACUCACUAUAAGCUGCAUAGAUAUUUUUGUGAGCAUGAAUUGAAUGUGACUCGCCAAGAAAUUGAAAGAAUGAAGGAGAAUAUUCUCUACAUGAGUCAGUUUGCACCUGGUGGUCGAGACAGCAUUUCAUGGCCCAUAGGUGUACCAGAUCCUUAUAAACCAAAAACUCGUUUUGAUGUUAUUCGAUGGGACUACUUCACAGAGACUCAUAUUUAUUUUCAAGAUGACUUUACCAACAUGAAAUCACUUACAGGUCCAGACAAGAUGGAUAUACAGGAGGUUGUCAAAGUUUCAGUGGAAAGACUUAACGAGAAGUACAAGAACAUCUACCUGUACUCUCGCCUUAACAAUGGAUAUCGUCGCUUUGAUCCACAGCGUGGAAUGGAGUACAUCCUUGACAUCACUUUGCGUGACACCAGUCAAAGUAAUUUGGAGGUAGAAAAACGGGUACAGCUAGUGCGGCCACUUGGACAAGUGGAGAUUGUUCCAAUGCCGUACGUCACAGAACUCUCUCGUAUUACCUUAGUUCUUCCUGUGGCAGAGGAGGAUAGGGAUGGUGUUGGAACUUUUCUGGAUAACUACGCUCACACUUGCCUUGAUGCACAGGAGAAUACAAAUCUUUUUGUGAUCUUUAUCUACCGAGAGCUCCCGAGGCCUGGGCAAGAAGAUUUAUUUAUUUUGCAUAGAUCUAUGAUCGCCUACUACAGCAAGAAGUAUGCAGACAGCAGUUCCAAGAUUGACUGGGUAGCUUUUCAGAGCAACGGCACCUUUGUCUCACAGUUUCAGAUCAUGCAUAUUGUUAGUCAACGCUUCAGCCCAGAAGCUUUGAUUCUUUUGUGCAGUGUGGGUAUGGAGCUGACUACAGAUUUCUUCAACCGUGUCCGCAUGAACACAAUAGCAGAGUGGCAGGUUUUUUUCCCAAUUGGCUUUUGGCAGUAUAAACCAAAUCUGAUAUAUGACAAGAAGCCGUACCCGACCACCAUUGAGUUGAUGAACAAAGUGGGUCAUUAUGAUGUGCAAUCUUUUGAACAUGCAAGCUUCUACAAUUCUGAUUAUUUAAAUGCCCGCCAACUCAUGAUGUCAGAGGAUGUGCAGAAUGGUGACCUGUUUGAAAUGUUUGUCAAGUACAGCAAGCUGCACGUAUUCCGAGCAGUGGAGCCAGCUCUGAAGCACCGCUAUAAACAUUUUAACUGUGGAACCAGUUCACCACCUAAACUGUAUCAACAGUGCCUGGAGCGCCGUUCAGAAGGCCUUGCAACUCGUGCACAACUUGCAAAACUUAUUUUUGAACACCAGGAAAAGGAGAGCAAGACUAUGCAAGAUCAAGCUCAGAGUUUAUAGCAUGACCAUCACAAUUUCCUUUUAAAAAGAAUAAUCCACUUGGAAUAAAAGUACUUUGGGCUCUCCCCAACCAGUCAGCCACUCAGCAUCCUUUCUAACAAAAGAACUAAAUGGCAAAGAUGACAGUCAUUUGUGAAUUCAUUUGUUUCUGAUCAGGAGCUGUUCAGAUCAAAGUUCACUCCAUGCACCAAGCCAAGAAGUUGAGAUGGGGAGGUGGUUAGAAGAGAUGGUUUUCUGUGUCUCUUUCAUUGGCCUUAUUACAGCAUGAAAUUAUGUCCAAUAAGUGAGCAGUAGCUGACAAACAAUUUCAGACAUUGCAUGUAUAUAAAUCUUUUUUUUUUUUUUUUUUUUUUGGAAUGCAGUUUUGUUUUAUUGAAUAGCAUGCCUUAUUUACUAUUCUGCAGUUUUAUUUGGUUUUAACUAUUUUUGUUCCCAGGAUUUUUUAAAACUGAAACUUGUUUAGGAGAUCAAAAAGCAUUACUUAUGCUACUACUAUUGUAUGCUGGGAAAAGUGUGUGAUACCAGUCGGAAAUGAUUGGAAAGCUGCAGGCUCCCAGUUCCUACUUACUUUGAACCUCCCAGUACUGUUAGUAGUUCUUAAUGAAAACUAAUUGCUAUGUUUUGUUUCCUGUUAUGGUUUGGGACUGUGAUAUUUGUAAUUUUAAAAGACAGUAACUAAAUUUAAAAUGGUCAGUAGAAUGAACACUCAGUGAUCCUGAUAAUAGGAACAUGUUACUGCUACUGGUCUUUAAAAAAAACCAACAGUUCAGUCAUCCAUGUUCCAUUGUGCUUGACAGAUACUCUCAGAAGCAUAUGUGGCACCCAGCCUACAAAGUCACCUUAUCAUCCUGCAGCAUAAUUCUAAUAAAAUGGUUGAGGUGGUUGGUUGGACAAUAAUGAUUGUACCAAGAUGCCUCCAAACUAUGGGAGACCAUGCAGUGGCACUGAUUCAUGGUAAUUGAUCCAAAAAUGAGACUGCCUUUCUAUGCUAGAAAACCUGUUUCUGAUUGUAUUACCAACUUUUGUGUUCUGAGCAGCCAUGGCAUCAUAAGGAAUGCACAUGGCCCGUCUGUUCAAGACACACCUUACACAUUAGAAUGGAUGUGUGUGCAGCAUACUAGUAAAGCACUUUAUUCUCUAUUCAAUGAUUCAGGAAUGGACCAUAGUUCUUUGGCCAUAUCACAAGUGUCUUUUUUUUUAACCUUUCAGUAUGAUGCAUUUUACAUACAUGUGCAUUUAACCAUUUAUGUAUAGUGCACCUUGUAUUAACAAUGAAAGUACAAAAGGUUUAAUUUUGUUUCUUUAUUUUACCCAUGUGUACUCUUAUAUAUUUUUUUUACUGAUUAUUCUGACCAGCAAGAGUACAUGACACAAGGUUUAAAAAAAAACCUUCAGGAUGGAAAAAAGAGGAAAUCAUUACCGAUGGUGAAAUAGACUAAUUCGCAUUUAGUUACAUACUACUUUUAGCAUGUUCAUCCACUGCUUUGUGCAGUAUUUCCCUUUUUGGAUGCAUGUGAUCAUCAUGGUUAUCAGGGUGAUAGAAUCCUAAAAGAUUUUGAGACAUAAAUAAUUGUGACAAUGUUUGCAACAAAACUAUUUAAGUUGAAUGCCAAGCUUUUCCUUAAAUACUAUGAAGGGGGGAAACAUUUUUGAUGUUUUUUUUAAAAGCUAUCUAUAUAGGACAUGUGUCUGUUGUUUGCUGCUUAAACAUAAUGUAUGCGAUCAUUAAGAAAUCCAUUUACACCAAAUGAGAUUCAUUAUUUUGCUUCUAUGUUUUGAUGCUAUAUUUGCUUUAUGUAUAUUCUGAACUAGUUUAUCAGGUUUUUGCUUAAUAUAGCAUGUACAUAAUGGGAAAAAAAAUUAAUUUUUUAUAACCAAAAUUCCUAUUCCCUUUCUUUCAUUGAAAUUGGUAAUGAAAGUUCUUUGAGGGCUAUAGCUGAAGUACUUGAGUGAAAAGACUUGUCAGGCACAGUCUUGCACCCCUCAACACCUUUUACAGCCAACAGCCACUUAAGAUGUUGGCAGAUAUUGCACUGCUACUGCCUGAGUUUGAUCAAAGCUUUGCAUUUUCUUAGUGAACGUUUAUGGUGUAAAGAUUUGUUACAAGCAAAAUACUGUGUAGAGAAGCCUGCUACUUGCAUUUUAUGUCGACAUAUUAUAGUGUGUGUGAGUGUGCACAUAUGCAAAAAUGCACAACAUUGUUGGAUAAAAGAAAAAAACCUUCUAAUUCAUUGACUGUUUUGAACCUUGACAAUGUAAUUGUUUCUUUGCAGAAAGGAGGAAGGCAUGACUGUGCAUUUGCAAACAGCAUUGCUACAACUAAGCAGAAAUGAUAAUUUGAAUUCAAAGAAUUUUGCUAAGUUUUUCCCUGUCACCAAAAUGCUUCCUUUGCCAAUUCCCCCUUAAAAAAGAUUUAUAUCAAACAUUUUUUUAAUGUGAGAUGGAUCUUUUAUCACAUACUUGUAGUUUGAUGCAAAUCCCUUUCCACCACCAUCCCAGCAUUUCCGUCUCCCAUCCUCUAUAAAUGUGUGUGUGAAUAGAGAAUGUGUUGUGCAUUCAUGAAAAAAAGAAAGGAUCUGUUCAUACCUUGGUUAUAGAUCCCUUUUCUCCCUUUAUUUUUUGUGACAAAUUGUGAACCUGAGCACCUCAUCUACGUUUAAAGUUACUCUGUUUUUGAGAUAUAUUGCUGUUUCACACUUUAAAAGCUCAUCAAAAUGUAAGCCAUGAAUGUGUAUUGAAUCUCAGGGUUAAAUGUGUUACUGUGUAUGUUAAAACAAAUAUGUGAUUAUUUUAUGGAAAAAGUCUUAAAUAUGUUUGCUGCAAAUAUUGAUCACAACCAGAAGUUAUCCCUAGAAAAGAAUGUUAUGCUAAGGAAGUACAAACUUGAUGAUUUCGGUGCAUUUCCAAUUUUAGGAUGGCUAGUACACCAAUACACCUAUGCUUUACAACAAAUUUUCCUGGCUGAAAAUGUUUUUUUGACUUUGUGUAGGCUUGUAUUUUGACUAUAAAACCAAACAAAGGUAUAAGUGUGUCUGGGCAAGCAAACUGUUAAUUCCUUACUCUUAGUGGACUUGACUGCUACUCCUGUUGAAAUGAAGGUAAGGAGGAUAGAAUUUUUGUUAUAUCCCAAGAGCUGCUAAUGACUCUUCAAGAACUUCAGGAUCCCUUGUCAUCACUGUUUAAAGAUACUGUAGUGCUUCGCAAAAUGUGACACAGCGUGGCUCCUUACCUUUAUAUCCAUGUAAUCAUCAAAGUCAAUCAAAUCAUAUUUUGUAACCAAGCUUUCAUGCCAUAUUUUAAGGGUUUAUUGCUUAGCUUUCAGGAAAGCAUAAAUUUGUUACAUGCAUCAUUAAAAUGAGAAAAUAAACUCGGCAAUAGUG